AUGAAUAACCAGAAUAAUCAGACACAGGGAAAUACUGGUGGUCCGAAUAGAGGGGGUCCUCUGCGGCCUGUUACAAUACAGCCCGGCCAUGUUAUUCACUUAGUUCAAGCUUUGAAGAAUGAAUUAGCGGCAGCUAAGGCAGCUGAGAAUGAUAGAGCUAAGGCCCAGCAACACUAUGCUAAAGCUGAGGAUAUCAAGCAAGUUUUGCUUAAUUACCAGGCACAGCAAAAAUCAAGAGCGCAACAGCAGCAACAGCAGCAGCAACAGCAUCCACAACAGCAGAUGCAUCCACAACCAAAUAGCGCUGGUAACCAAGUUAACAUACCUAAUCAACAAAACAUGAUGAAUCUUCAGCAGCAAAGCAGUUCGAACUUGAACCAACCUGGUCUGCAGGCGCAGUCACCGAAUUUAGCUCAACAGAUUCCACAGAGUAGUCCAGCUCCCAUGAUGCAACAGAAUUCGUCUUCUUCGGGUGGAUCGCAUAUUUCGAGUGCAAAUUUGAUUACUAUGGAAAAUUUUAAUAAGUUAAAGGCUAGGUUAAGUAGUUAUGAACCAAGAAUUCAACAGUUGGAGGAGAGCAAGAAGAACGAAUCUUCUCCUGAUCAAAUUGGAGCUUUGGAGAGGCAGAUAGGUGACCUUAAAACUAAGUUCUCGCAAGAGCAAAAGUAUGCUAUCUAUAUGAAAAACCAACUAAUUGAGCAGGCGAAGACUGCAUCAUCAAACUUGAAUAGUCCGCAAUUAUCGAACACCGGUUCACCUGCUGUAACAAAUCCUCAAGACCCUAGAUUUAGGGUUCAGCAGCAGCAAAAUGUUAAAUCUCCCUUCGUGCAAAGCAAAGGUACACCCCAGCAGGCUCCAGUUGGAACUCCUCAAAAUCAGGGACAGCAGAGAAGCUCUAAAUCAGCUUCGCCUUCAGGGACAAAUGCUACAGCUACACCUAGCAAAUUAGGUCAAACACCUGGUCCUGGGACCUCUUCUUCUAAUUUAGCCGGAAUAACGAGACCAAGCGUGCCAUCGAUCCCGAUAUCAAGUACAAUUAAUGUUAAACCCCCAACUGCACUCACUUUGAAACCAAAUAAUGCUAAUCGUGCCUCUUUAAGUACUGGUGUCCCUAAUGGACUUGGUUCAAUUUUGGGGACACCAGCUAUUACUAAGUUACCGUCGUAUGAUUUAUCUACUGCGGGUACUUCUGCUACACUCCCGGAUAACGGGGGAAGAGUUUUGACUAAAAGAAAACUUUCUGAAUUGGUUAAUUCUAUAGGCGCAGAUGAAGGUGAUGGAAAAACGACCAUAGAUGGCGAUGUGGAAGAACUACUUUUGGAUUUGGCAGACGAAUUUGUUACGUCGGUUACGAGUUUUGCAUGUAGAUUAGCGAAACAUCGCAAGGCUGACUCAAUCGACGUAAAAGACGUUCAACUCCAUUUGGAACGUAAUUGGAAUAUAAGGAUUCCUGGAUAUGCCAUGGAUGAUAUUAAAGCAAUUCGUAAAUGGCAGCCAAGCACGUCUUACAACCAAAAGCUUUCGGGAGUUGAAAUAUCUAAAUCUGUUAAUGGAAAUAUUAAUUAG